UAAUUAUUUACUAUUUUUGUGAAAAAUAUUUUAAAAUAUAUUUAAAUUGUUGAAGAAUAAUAAUAAAACAAUUAAUACUAGCACUAGCCGAUUUGUAUAAGAAAGGCUGAAGUGCAAUAAAGUGAAGGGAAGUGAGUAAAAUAAUUCUAGAAGUUUUUGUGAGGCGGUCAUGUUCAGCAGACACUCACCCUUGAAACGUAAACACAAUGAAUAUCAUGAUCCAGACUAUCCUCAGCAGGAGCAACAAUCUGAUGAGGAUGAUGGCACACCGGGCUGUAGCACACAUUUCACAUAUAAGCGAAGAAAACCUGGUGACGAGAUUAAUACGGAAAAAGAGUCUCAGAGUGAAAAUUAUUUGCAUAAAGUGAGACAGGUCAUAGAAAGAGAAUUUCAGAAAGAGAUUGUAAUGAAACAACAACAGUUGGAAGAAAUUGAUGAAAGGCUUGAAAAUGCUAAACACCUGUUGGAUAGGUUGCGUUAUGGUAUAGUGUCUGAAUAUUAUAAGAAACAAGAAAUACCCUUAACCGCGGCUGAUGCUUCCACCUUAAGAGGAACGAAUAGUUUAUUUGAUCGUGAAGACAGGGGACCACAAAUGCCACUGCAUCCUUCCAUAAAGAAGUUAAUAGGCAAAAGGCCCAAAGAUCUCAGUGAAGUUAUAAGAUCCUGUCCGAAAAGAACAGCAGCACAAAAUGCUGUGCAAACUAUACGCGCAAAAUCUCAACUACAAAAACGAGAAGAAAGGAAACUCAAGCAAAUUAUACGAGAACAAGGCAUAGUUAUCGAUCACUCAAAACAAAAUGCCACAGAAAAUGAUGUGAGUUCCUUAUUAACUGCAGCUGCACAAAAUAGUUUAGUUAGUAGUCAAAAUUUAACAGCUACCACUGUAAAACAGGAGAAGAAGGGCAAGCAAAUAGCUAACACACCUUCAGGAAAAUCGUUAAAUGCUGCUCGAUUAAAUAACAAGAUUAAACACUUGAUAGUUGUGGGAAAUACUUCAAAAUAUAUCGGCAAUGAGGUGGAGAGGGAUAUAAAGUCGCAAGCACAAAAUUUAACUCACAAAUGGUUGGUAUAUGUACAAUCGAAAGAGUCUAAACAACCUUUAGACCGUUUUAUAAAGAAAGUGCGCUUUCAUUUGCAUCACUCUUAUCGUCCCAAUGAUGUUGUCGAUAUAGAAACACCUCCUUACCAAGUGUCACGUCGUGGUUGGGGUGAAUUUCCCAUACGAGUGCAAUUAUUUUUUCAUCCAGAAUUUCAUCAAAAACCCGUACAACUCAUUCACAAUAUAGUACUGGAUCAAACAUUGUCUGGCAUACAAACUUUAGGUGCUGAAACAUUACUGGAAAUAUGGUUAAGGGAGCUAAAGUCCGCGAACUCAUUAGACAAAGAAGUAAAAGCUGAAGUUGAAAUUAUGAAAAAACCAGAAAUACCCACAAAACUUAAAACAAAUUUAAUGACACGCUCUGAGGAAUUAAUGGACGACAACUUAUUGGAUUUCCUUAAUAAAAUUGAGUCUUCUCCCUGUUCCAUAAGUGCUGAUAUAGAGAAAAUACAACCCACAGUUAUGGUAACUGAACAUCUAGGGGUUAAACUUAAAACACCCAGUCCGGAAAAAUGUAAAGUGUUCCCAGCAGUACAACCAAAAUCCCCCAUUAAAAUGCCUCCACUUCUAGAAAUAUCGAAAAAUCCCGAAAAAUCCUUGGCAAUUACCCCGACCUUAAGCAAUACAACGGUAGAAGUGCCUAAAAUUCCAGAAAAAUCUUUAGCUCUUACCUCUAUCACAACAAGCAAUAUCACUACAGUCUCUGCGCCAACACCAAUAACAUCAGUAGCUGUUACUGCAGAAUUUAAAACUCCACCCCUGUUUACCAAUGGUUCUUUAACCACAAAACCUAUGACGACCUUUGUUAGAAUACCCACCAGCUCAACACAAGUUAGAUUUAUCAAUUCUGCAUCGGUUGUUGCAAAUAAUAUACCGCCACUCAGACCUUUAACACCUUCACCAUUACCCUCAACCACACCUGCUCAGACUUUGACCUCAACAAUAACCCAAAAAUCUAUGAUUCUAAAUAAAGAUGGUAAAAUUCGAAUGCCUUCCGCCUCGGUGGCUUCAGCCGUGCGUAGAACUAUUUUACCUAUUGUUAAUAGUACACAAGCAAAUAUUCCAUAUAAAACGUCACAAUUUCCAAAUGCAAAUAAAAACCAAAUAGUUUCUGUAUCCUCAUCAUCAACUUUAACGUCUUCAGCGCCGAAACAAAUUCUACAAAAGAAACUAGUGCAAUUAGUCGACUCAACGGGUAAAGUUAAAUAUAUUCAAAUGUUGGUGGCAGCCAGCUCGGCUUCAUCUAGUAUGCAUAAUUUAAGUACAUCAUCAUCGGUUGCACCGAAACUUAUAACAAUGGCACCUAGUUUAGUGAAAAAUAACACAGUCACAAACACAACACAAAUAAGAAACACCAUCACCACACCAUUGCUAAAGUCACCAAAUGGAGCACAUCUGAUGCCGGCCAUGACAAUGAAACCAAAUAUAUUUAAAAUUGUACCUGAAAGUAUGCAAACAAAACCACAAAUUCUAACAUUUAGUACGACAACAGUUGGCGCAACAAAUACAAAUACUGUCACCACGGCACACAAUCAACAAGUUCAACAUUCAAUUACAUCAACCACACGGACGAUAGGACAAAUAACAACACCAGCAAUGAAGACAACAUUAAGGACCAAUAAUGUUGCAUUGCCAGUAGCAAAUAAAUUACAAAAACCAAAUGGUAAUAACUCAUCAACGAACCCCACCAAAAAUUUGGUAUUCCAAAAAGAAGGCAAAUUGUAUAUAAUCGAUCCACAGCAAAUGAAAUACAAACAGCAACAAAAGAAACAAGUUUCACUACUAAAGCCUCAAAUUAGUUUGCUGAAACAGCAGCAUCAACAAAAACUUAUCACACCGCCACCACCGCCAACCACAGUAGUCAAUUUCCCAACUGAUGCUAAACCUACAACUACAACACAAUUAUCGCAUAGCAAUAAUAAUGUGCCACAUGUACAUUUUGGCCUGAAACAGCAGCGCAUUAAUUCUAUUAAUGCUCUACAGCUCAUGCAAAUGAAACGUGUGCUCUUUGAGAAACAAUUUCUGCGGCAAGAAUUUGCAAAUGUACGUUCAGCUGUUGAAUUUUUGUUAAGAAGAUUAAAGCUAGUAGUCUCCAAAGAUUCUUUAGUAGCUGUCUUUCCUUUUGUCUGCCAUACUCUGCAAGAAUUUCACUCUCUUACGGCCUUUAAGCAGAGAGCCUGUGAGUGGUUAAGAGCCAAAAACGUUUCUCGAAUGUUACGUAAUCAUAAGGACUUGCAGCGCCUUAAUAACACGUCUAAGGAAACUUUUUGGACUACUAAAGAAAUUGCCACAUUUGCCCGGCAAUAUGCCUACACACCACCCAUUAAAUCGUUGCCCCGGCCGGGCGAGCAACAACAAACGGAAGAAAACGGCACAAAAGAUUUUAUGGAUCUGGUUAAGAAUGAAUUGAAACAAGAACACAAUCUGCAAUAUGAUACUCUAACAGAUCAUCACAAAGUUCGUAAAUGGGUAGACAAAGUAUGGCAUACUCUGGAGGAUUACGAAUACAAUGAAGAUCAACAUCAAAUUAUUGAUAUUGAUGGCAUACAAGAAGAGGAACCUAAGCAAAAUAGGAAAAUCUAUAAUACAGCCAAUAACGCCUCUUCUCAAUUAUUCAAUUCUUCAUCUAUGGAUACUUAUUUAACACCUCCACCACAUUUAGAAAAUCAGUGUCAAUUAGUUACGGAUAUUUGUAAAGAUUUAAACGUAAAACUAAACCACGAAGAAUUGGACACAAAACUCUACCAUCCCUCAACACAAACGGUUUUAGCACAAUGCCUGCAUUUGUUUAUCGAAAAACUAUUGCGCCAAUCUAUAGCCGUGAAACAAGAGAAAGCGGCGACUCCAGCCGUCACAGAAACCAUUUGUACUCUUAUGCCUCAAGAUUUUGCAAAAGUCAUAGCCACUAAUAGCGAAUUUGAUUUUCUUACUAAUAAUAAUUUUGGUUCUGCCACGUUGGCGGAAUGUUUAGAAUCCUCCAUAAAACAGGAGAAAUCUUGAUUGUUUUUAAUUGCUUUUAAGUUUCAACAUUUUUGCAUUCUUUUGUAAAACUAUUUUCCAUUUUAUUGUAUCUUUAAUUUCCUAUUUAAAGUCUCAUCUUCGAAAAUUAUGUACUCAGAAAAAUCAAGAAAUUUUGUUAAAACUGACUUCUAAAACUUGUUUUUUUUUUUAAUAUUUGUAUGAUAUAGUUAAUAGUGAAAUUAGUCGUUAGCUAAAUAAAAACUUAUUUUAUUUUAAAUAUUAUAAUUAAGGUUUCUAAGCUGUAGAUAAUAAAUAAUUUUAAUCUAAUUUAACCCUAAUGAUAUAAAAUAAAUUAAUAAAGUUGAAAUUAAAA